CGGUUAGCUGUGUGCUACUUCCUGUACACGUCGCUCUUACAGUGCUGCACUAACCGGUCAGGACAAGGAGAAAAGACACGGAUUAUGGAAACUUUAAUCGGUUUGCCCUUUGCUGUGUUAGAAUGUCCAAAUAUCAAGCUGAAGAAGCCGUCCUGGCUGCAUAUGCCCUCUGCUAUGACUGUGUACGCUGUGGUGAUUGUGUCCUAUUUUCUCAUCACUGGGGGUAUAAUCUAUGAUGUUAUUGUUGAGCCUCCCAGCGUGGGUUCAAUGACUGAUGAACACGGACACCAGAGACCUGUGGCUUUUUUGGCUUACAGGGUGAACGGGCAGUACAUCAUGGAAGGCCUGGCGUCCAGUUUCCUCUUCACUAUGGGUGGUCUCGGCUUCAUCAUUCUGGACCGCUCCAAUGCCCCAAAUAUUCCUAAACUCAACCGCUUCCUACUACUUUUCAUUGGCUUUGUGAGUGUACUGCUGAGCUUCUUCAUGGCCCGAGUGUUCAUGAGGAUGAAGCUGCCUGGUUAUCUCAUGGGUUAAAGCUGGACAAGGCCUUUUCACACGGUGCACGCCACAGGCAGAGACCGAAGAAUAAUUUGCAUAUGAACAGAAUAUUACCUUCCUGUGUGUGCGUGCGAGAGAUUAAAAAAAGUACACUGUAUCCUGUCCCCAUCCCAAAGGGCUUCAGGUCACAGCAUUUAGGUUCAUUAUAUUGUGUGCAGAAUGUGCAUAUCCUGAUCAGGAAAGGAAGGCACGUCUUAUUUGGAGCUCUGUGCUAAAUGAUCAAAAUAGGUUUACACAUGGAGUCAAUUCUAUGCUAGGGCUGAAGAAAAGGAUUUUAAAUCUGGCCUGUGUGGGGUGGGUUUUUCUAUGUAAAUCUAAAAUAAAGGCUCUUUAUACAACUCUGA